AUGGCCCCUUCGUGUAACGCCGCCCUGUGCCGCAGGGAGGACACCGAUGACGGAGGAGAGAACGCGGCGCGUCUGCGGACAAUCGGCUUCGCCAGCUACGUCAUCGCAUUCCUCGUGGCCGCCGCAGUCAUUACAUACAUCAUCGCGUACAUCCAGCCCCCGCAGACUUGGAAAUGGUACUGCCGGCUUCACGGCCGACGACCGGUGGAGCCGCCGUGCAGCAGUCCGCCACCCCCUAGCCCGACAAACGGACCGACAAACGGAACCCUCGUGGCCGAUGUGGGGGAGGAUGAUGGCCUCAGUGGCCGACGCGCUGGUCGUGCCGGAGAAGGACGGGGAUGGGUGCGCGGCGCCGUUGCGAGACUACUCAUGCGCCGCCAACAGCAGGAGCAGCAGGAGCAGCAGGAGCAGGAGCAGCAGCAGCAGCCUGGUAACGAGCCGAGGAACGGCAGUAUCCCCGGCAACCACAUCAGAUGCACCGAGGUAUAUGUCGUGCGAUACGAACCGGCACUCGAACUCCAACACUCGACUAGCAAGCCUGCGACGGCGACGGCGACGGCGACGAACGAUGCCUGGCCGCUCGAGAACAAUAGAUAUAACACGGUAGAGGCGCUCGACUCUAAGGCAGAGCCCAAGGUCUACGGUGCAGGAAAGCUUCCGUGGGGCAGUAGGUAG